AUGGUGUAUCAGGUGUUCUCCAUCGUGGUGUUCGGCUCCAUUGUCAAUGAAGGGUACGUGAACCGCCUGGACGAGACACAAGAGCACUGCAUUUUCAACCGCAAUCGCAAUGCCUGCAACUAUGGCAUUACCGUGGGUGUCCUCGCCUUCCUCAGCUGCCUUCUUUACCUGGCUCUGGAUGCCUACUUCCCGCAGAUCAGCAGCGUCAAGGACCGCAAAAAGGCAGUGCUCUCGGACAUCGGAGUCUCAGCCUUUUGGGCAUUCCUCUGGUUCGUUGGCUUCUGCUUUCUGACCAACCAGUGGCAAGCUUCAAAAGAAGAGGACAACCCAAUGAAUGAGGGAGGGGAUGCAGCCCGAGCAGCCAUCACGUUCUCGUUCUUCUCCAUCUUCACCUGGGGCUUCCUCACAUUUCUGGCUUUCCGGAGACUCAGAGACAUUACUUUUCAGGAAGAAUACAACACCUUGUUCCCUAACUCCCCAUCCUUGCUGCCUUAUCCACCAAAGGGUGUCCUGCCUGCAGUGCCUGGGGCAGGAGGCAGCAGUACGCUUGCUAACCGUCCCCUGAACGAGGAGGAUGCUACAGACGCGGUGGGGACAUACCAGCAGCCCCCUCCGGCAGAUGCUUUCGACACCGAGACACAGGGGUACCAAACGCAGAACUACUGAGCCACCAAUGCCCCUUUCCCUUCCCCCUUCCCUUCUGCCCCCUUUCCCACUGCCGGCAGAAAGCCGAGGCACAAACCAGACACGUGCGUAGUAGCACAAGAGGUGGCUCUCAGCUAUGCUCCAGCCUUCUGGGUCAUCUGUUUUUAUUUAUCGUUUUUAAAAAA